CCCGGGCGGCGCGGCUGGCAGGCCUGGGUCAUGGCCGGCGGGACGGCGCAGCCGGGGGCCGAGCUGCUGGACUUCGCGCAGUUCCGGGAGUCGAGCGCGCGGCGGCUCGUCUAUGGCUACGGCCGGCGCAGUCUGCGCGAACUGCGGGCGCGAGAAUUCGGCCGCCUGGCAGGAACUGUCUAUCUUGACCAUGCAGGAGCCACAUUGUUCCCUGAGAGCCAGCUCACAAACUUCACUAAAGAUCUCACGGAAAAUGUUUAUGGCAACCCUCACAGCCAGAACAUCAGCAGCAAGCUCACCCAUGACACCGUGGAGCAGGUGCGCUACAGGAUCCUGGCGCACUUCCACACCUCCCCAGAGGAUUACAGUGUGAUUUUCACGGCCGGGAGCACGGCUGCUCUUAAACUGGUGGCAGAGGCCUUCCCGUGGGUGUCCCCGGGCCCGGAGAGCAGCGGGAGUCGGUUCUGUUACCUCACCGACAGCCAUACAUCUGUGGUGGGCAUGAGGAAGGUCACCAUGGCCAUGAACGUCACUUGCAUCCCGGUCAGGCCAGAGGACGUGUGGUUGGCGGAGAAACAGGGUACUGCCGCCAGCGACCCCGACUGCCAGCUUCCGCAUCUCUUCUGUUACCCAGCUCAGAGUAACUUUUCCGGAACCAGAUACCCCCUGUCUUGGAUAGGAGAGCUCAAGUCCGGGCAGAUGUGCCCUGUGAGCGUUCCUGGGAAGUGGUUCGUGCUGCUCGAUGCAGCCUCCCAUGUGAGCACCUCACCUUUGGACCUGUCGGUUCACCAGGCCGACUUUGUCCCCCUCUCCUUCUAUAAGAUCUUCGGAUUCCCCACUGGCCUGGGCGCUCUGCUGGUGAAUAAUCGUGUGGCUCCUCUGCUGAGGAAAACCUACUUUGGCGGAGGCACAGCGGCUGCCUACCUUGCAGGAGAAGACUUCUAUGUCCCCAGGCAGUCGAUGGUUGAAAGGUUUGAAGAUGGCACUAUUUCAUUCCUUGACAUAAUAGCACUGAAACAUGGAUUUGAUGCCCUAGAGCGCCUCACAGGUGGAAUGGAGAAUAUCAAGCAGCACACCUUUACCCUGGCCCAGUACACCUACACUGCCCUGUCCGCUCUCCGGUACCCCAACGGAGCCCCCGUGGCACGGAUUUACAGCGACACUGAGUUCAGCAGCCCUGAGGUUCAGGGUCCAAUCAUCAAUUUUAAUGUGCUCGACGACAAUGGGAACAUCAUUGGUUACUCCGAGGUGGAUAAAAUGGCCAGUCUUUACAACAUCCAUGUGCGGACUGGCUGCUUCUGUAACACUGGGGCCUGCCAGAGGCAUCUGGGGAUAAGCAACGAGAUGGUCAAGAAGCAUCAUCAGGCUGGUCACGUCUGUGGAGACAAUGUGGACCUCAUAGAUGGGCAGCCGACAGGAUCUGUGAGGAUUUCAUUUGGAUACAUGUCUACCCUGGAGGAUGCCCAGGCCUUUCUCAGGUUCAUCAUAGCAACCCGACUGUGCCCAUCUGAUGGCCAGCAUCUCCUUCAGGCCACCCCCGGGGAGCCUGCAGCCCUGCUAGCAGAGAGCGAGGCUGAGAACGCUGUGCCUGCCACCGUGGACAGACGUAGUCCUUCACCUCAGGAAGAUGCUUCCUCAGACUCUGGGAUUUGGAACGACUUGCCCAUUGCUGUGGAUGCUGGGGGUUUGCACCCACCUCUGCUGGAGGUCACCAGGACCCAGCAGACCCCUUCAGAGAAAGCUGCAGGAGUCCCGGAUGGGGGCCUAGGGCCACAUGUUGUCACCAACCUUUACCUCUACCCGAUCAAAUCUUGUGCUGCGUUUGAGGUGACCAGGUGGCCUCUAGGAAAGCAAGGGCUGCUGUACGACCGGAGCUGGAUGGUUGUGAAUCACAACGGCAUUUGCCUGAGUCAGAAGCAGGAGCCCCGGCUCUGCCUGAUCCAGCCCUUCAUUGACCUGCAGCAAGGGAUCAUGGUCGUCAAAGCCAAAGGGAUGGAGCCUAUAGAGGUGCCUCUUGAGGAAAACAAUAAACAGGCUCAGAUUUGCCAAAGCAAGGUCUGUGCGGACAGGGUAAAUACUUAUGAUUGUGGAGAAGAAAUUUCAAGCUGGUUGUCAAAGCUUUUGGGCCGUCCAUGUCAUUUGAUCAAACAAAGUUCAAACUUUCAAAGAAACGCAAGGAAGAAACACGGCAAAGAUCCAUCUCCUGGUACAACAGCCACCCUUUCUCUGGUGAAUGAGGCCCAGUAUCUGCUGAUAAAUAGAUCCAGUGUUUUAGAACUUCACCAGCAACUAAACACCAGCGAUGAGAACGGAAAGGUGGAAUCAUUCCCAAUGAAAGACCUCAUCUCACGUUUUCGUGCCAAUAUUGUUACCAAUGGAACAAGGGCUUUUGAAGAAGAGAAAUGGGAUGAGAUUUCAAUUGGUUCCUUGCGUUUCCAGGUUUCGGGGCCUUGUCACAGAUGCCAGAUGAUUUGCAUCGACCAGCAAACCGGGCAACGAAAUCAAGAUGUUUUCCGAAAGCUUUCUGAGAGUCGAGAGAGAAAGGUGAACUUUGGAGUGUACCUGAUGCAUACGGCUUUGGAUUUAUCGUCUCCAUGUUUCCUGUCUGUAGGAUCUCAGGUGCUCCCUGUGUUGAAAGAAAAUGCAGAACGCCACCAUUUACCUGCUUCUGAAAAACAUCAGGAUGUUAUCGCCUAAAUUUCUUUUCAGCGUAAAUUAAAAUUUCUCUUUUA